AUGGAAAAGGCACUACAAAAGUUUAGCAGCUUCAAAAGUUGGUAGCUCAUGGAUCUCAAAAGAAAUGCUAAGCAGGAGCUCUCUAAUAUAACUGAAGAUCAUUACUGUGAACUUUCUCAAACACUGUUUGAGGAAGGCAAAUGGAUUUUCAACAAGCUGAAAGGAAAACCACUCAAAAGCUUGCCAGACCUCCUUCGAGAGUACAACUUACCACCCGGUCUCUUUCCCCAGAAUGUAACCUGUUAUGAAUUUGAUGAGACAAAGGCCAAGUUGAUUGUAUACUUGCCUUCUGCAUGUGAAGUCAGUUUCAAGGACUCUUCUGUAUUGAGGUAUGGAACCAGAGUAAAAGCAAUACUUAUGAGGGGGAAGCUCACAAGCAUAGAGGGAAUGAAAACAAAGGUCCUAGUAUGGGUUAAGGUCACAAGUGUGUCGGUUGAGGGCUAUAAGUCUGAUAAAGUGUGGUUUACUGCCGGUGUCAAGAAGUCGAGGCCAAGAACUGCAUAUGAUGUGCCACAAGUUUCUGUUAGAGUAGAUGAAUUUUGAAUUAGCAUAUCCUCAUAUGAUGAACAAAUCAUAGUAAUUUUUUGCCAGAUUAAGCAUAACAUCUUGUCUUUAAAAAACAAAUAUUGCUGAGAUGUCCUGAUGGAUAUAAAAUUUCUAAUUGCACCUGUAGUACUUCACAAAUUUUUAUGCA